AUGCUGCUCAUCGUUUCCUCCCUUGUGACCGUGACCGCAAGUAGCAGACAAUCGAAGGCGCCAUUGCUUCAUGCGUCGAAUUUAUCGCUUGUGAGAAGGAGGCGCACUUUCGAGCAACUUGCAUGCUUCGAGUGCACGGACGAGCGCAACAACUACAUGCAGAGCAACGACUUGGUCUGUGGCCAGUAUCCCUAUGCAUACGAGAAGCUCUGCAAGCACAAUGAAAACUGGGCGAAGCAGAAGUUCUGCCAGCGCUCGUGCUAUGCGAACGGAGCGGGCUACGACGGCGACGUGUGCUGCGCCGCGCCGCCUCCACCCACGCCGUUGCCUUCCUGCAAGGACGUGACCGACAAGCAGAGUUGCAAAGCCACUAGCGGAUGCAAGUGGAGCAGCACGAAGGAGAAGUGCAAGGCUGCAGCGCCGCCUCCACCCAUGCCGUUGCCGCCUCCCACGGCCUGCACAGAGUGCACGGAUGAGCGGAACAACUACAUGCAGAGCAACGACUUGGUCUGUGGCCAGUAUCCCUAUGCAUACGAGAAGCUCUGCAAGCACAACGAAAACUGGGCGAAGCAGAAGUUCUGCCAGCGCUCGUGCUAUGCGAACGGAGCGGGCUACGACGGCGACGUUUGCUGCGCCGCGCCGCCUCCCACGGCCUGCACAGAGUGCACGGACGAGCGGAACAACUACAUGCAGAGCAACGACUUGGUCUGUGGCCAGUAUCCCUAUGCAUACGAGAAGCUCUGCAAGCACAACGAAAACUGGGCGAAGCAGAAGUUCUGCCAGCGCUCGUGCUAUGCGAACGGAGCGGGCUACGACGGCGACGUUUGCUGCGCCGCGCCGCCUCCCACGGCCUGCACAGAGUGCACGGAUGAGCGGAACAACUACAUGCAGAGCAACGACUUGGUCUGUGGCCAGUAUCCCUAUGCAUACGAGAAGCUCUGCAAGCACAACGAAAACUGGGCGAAGCAGAAGUUCUGCCAGCGCUCGUGCUAUGCGAACGGAGCGGGCUACGACGGCGACGUGUGCUGCGCCGCGCCGCCUCCCACGCCCUGCACAGAGUGCACGGACGAGCGGAACAACUACAUGCAGAGCAACGACUUGGUCUGUGGCCAGUAUCCCUAUGCAUACGAGAAGCUCUGCAAGCACAACGAAAACUGGGCGAAGCAGAAGUUCUGCCAGCGCUCGUGCUAUGCGAACAGAGCGGGCUACGACGGCGACAUGUGCUGCUCGCGCUCAUUCAAGGCGCGCGAUGAACUUUGA